AGAAAGAGAGAGAGAGAGAGAGAGGAGAAGCUUUGCUCUCUCACUUUGUUCAUUCAGUCUUCUUCUCGUGUCAAAGAUGCAGGUUGUCAGUGUCGGACAGUUGCUUUGGAUAUACACUCUGCUGUUCACUUCUCUACAGCUUUGGGGAAGACUAUCAGCUUCCACUUCCUCUCCCAAUCUUCCAGCCCCUAUGCUUGACAUCUAUUCCAGGUCAAAGGACUCAGUAGCCCUGGUCUGCCGGGUCCCAGAGGGCCACCUUGGGGUUCACUUCAUGUUGUACCGACAAACAGAAAAGGUGGACUCUCUGGAGGUGCAGGCCGGCGCUCAGCAGGUCCACUUCACUGUGAGUUUACGGGAAGCAGAUCCAGCCCAACAAAACCUCUUCUGCUGUUUGUACAAGAUUCAGGACGGACGUUACAGCGCGUUCAGUCCCUACCUGCAGCUGGACGCCCAAAAAGAUGCUACCCCGACUCGUCCCACACCCUCUGUCCCUCCUCCGGUUCUGUCCGUGCAGCCGUCCUCUGGAAUGGUCAAACGUGGGGACACGUUAUCCUUCAGCUGCUCGGUCCCCGUCCCUCUGGUCCAGCCUCAGUCCCAGUCGAGCUCUAACAAGAAACCGGUGACCUUCCUUUUGCUGAGAACUGCUGAGGGAACAGGGGUGACGUCCGUUAUCCCACAAGCACAGGCCGGUAUCCAGGUGUCCAACUCUGAACCCCAGCCGGGAGUCUUCACCGUGGGGCCGGUGAGCGGAGGAGAGCAGGGCGAGUACACCUGCCUGUACCAGAUCAACAGAAGGAGGACGCUGGUUAACUCAUCUGUCAGCAACAUGGUUCAGGUCACCGUCACAGACGCGUUGCCGUUGCCCACCCUGGUCCUCCAGCAGCAGUCAGACGUCUGGCAUUUGCUCUGCACGGGGUCUCCUGCGUACCCCGGCGCCGUGUUCUCCCUCUACCAGGCUGAUAACAAACUCCCCGUCGCCACCCAUCAUGCUACCUUGAUACAGCAUCAGGUCACCUUCCCGGUACCCGUCCAGAACGCUCCACUGGUUUUGUACCAGUGCCAGUACAGCGUUCACCUGGGGAGGAAAUGGAGCCACUCUGAGCGCAGCCUCCCAUUGGCUGUAACCAAAGGAAGUCCCCCUCCGCCUUCACCAGUUGUGUCUGCCGUGGACUGGCCUCUUGUACUGGGCUCUUUAUCUGCGGCGGUAUUGUUCUUCUGCUCAGUGACACUCGUGGCUGUGGUGGCACACAGGAAAGUAAAAGCAGCAGCUGAGGAAAAGAAGAAAAGACAGGAAGCACAGUUCUGGACUAAAGUUCACGCAAAGGAUCAUAUCGUUGACCUCACACUCAGGAGAAGGAGCUUUACCUCUCAGGAAUGGGCCAGUGUGGACACGACGACAGAGACUCCUCUGUGGAACUCGCUGUCCACGUCAACGUUCACGACCCCGACCCGUCCGAUCCAUUAGCAGUGUUUGUUUUCUCUCUCUCUCUCUCUCUCUCUCUCUCUCUCUCUCUCUCUCUCUCUCUCUCUUCCUCUCUUUGUGUUUAUACUUUAUGUGAGUUUAUCAGUGCAGCAUCGGUUGGUGGGGGGGUUACACACAGCGGGACAGGAAGGGCUAUUUUUUCAGUUCCUAUUUCAUGUGUAGCAGUAAAAUUGUACAAUUUGACAGGAUACGAUGUUUGUUUGAUCUGAGCCAGUGAACCUAAAUACAGAUUUUAUUAUUAUUAUUAUAAAGUUUGCACGUGUUUUGUAUAUAGAAGUUUCUAUUCUUGACCUGGGAAGUGUUUUUAGGAGCCGCUCUGGAGCUUCCUCAGUUUGAGAUUAAGGUUGAACUGUUUUUAAAGUAUUUCAUAGCACUGUCUGCAGAUUUGAAGCACGUUCCAGCACCGUCAGCAUUUUGUAAAAACAAAGUCUGUCCACUUUUUAUUUGAUAAAAUAAUAAUAAAGCUGUUUAUGUA